CUAUCAUUUAUUAAAUGGCAAAUUGAAUAGUAAUUGUUGCAUUUGUUGCAAGGACAGAUCAGAGUAUCUGAUAUUUUGCAUAUAUCGAAAUAAAUGUUUAUUUCUGAUCAGACUUUUUGAUAGUAGAUGCAUCCAACAUGUAGGCAAUUCGCAAAGCAGGCAUAAAAGUGUGGAAUAACAAAAAGUUGCUUUAUAAUUUUUAAAGCUUAAAACAGAUCAAAUCUACCCUGAAUAUUUUCUUAACAAAUUCCCUCAUGAAUUCCAUUAGUGAUGAAUUUUAUAGAAGCUGGUUAACCUCAAUUAUAGGCAUCGCAUUAUUUUGUACGGGUGUUUGGCUUCUAACGUGGAACGAGGGACGGGCAGUUCACCAUGCAGAUAUCUUAGACGAAGCCUACAAUAGCGUUUUAUCCUUAAAUUCAUAUGAAUCUGCUCAAAGGGAAUAUGAUGGGGAAUUGAUUCAUAUAAGUGGACCUAUUAUUGUUGAAGAGCCCCUCACAGAACCAGAUUAUGGUAUAUCAAUUCAAUCGGUGAAGUUGAAACGAAGAGUUCAGAUGUAUCAAUGGGUAGAAGAAGUUAUCACCAGAAGUACAAAUGAGAUGGGUUCUAGCUCAGAUAUAGCAGACUACCAUUAUGAUACAGAAUGGAGGGAUAAACUUGUUGAUAGUAGUAGUUUUUAUAUACGUCAUGGGCACCAGAAUCCUAUUGAAAUGCCUUUGAAGACACAUACUUAUCUGGCCCCAUUUGUAAGAGUAGGUCGCAUAACUCUUGGGAAACACAUAAAAAAAAAGUUCAAUGAUUUUGUAGAGGUUACUAGCGAUGAGAGACCAGAUAAUAAAAAUAUCAAGCUUCAUUUGGGUAUAUAUUAUCAUUGUGAGGAUGUCUGGAAUCCAGAAGUAGGAGAUAUAAGGGUUCAGUUUUACUAUGCAGGAUUAUCUGGGGAUCCAGUCACUGUCAUUGCAAUGCAGAAAGAUGGUAUUUUAGUACCUUAUGUCACUUCAAAAGGACAAGAGAUUGCCUUAAUAAGACAUGGUAUACUUAGCGUUGAUGAUAUGUUUUCUGCAGAGCAUUCCGAUGCUAAAAUAGAAACAUGGAAAUAUCGAGCACUAGGAAUGUUCAUUUUAUAUGCUUCAAGUGUUUGUUUAGCUAGGCUUUUGAGAAUAGCUUUCAACAAUAUGCCUAUGCUUCGAGGCAUGUUCUCUGAAGAAAUAAGCAAUUAUUCCAAUUUAAUGAUUACCCUCUCAGUAGCUUUGUUCGUCAUUGCCAUGGCUUGGAUCGCCUAUAGGCCAAUGCUAGGAGUUGCUCUGUUAAUGGCUGCUAUAAGUCCUUUUAUGUAUUGCAGUAUCAACUUGUAUAACAUGAUGCAUUUACAAAAUGGCUACCACAACAGAUGAGAUUAACACAUGCUUAUAAAUUUCAGUGUUUUCUGUUCUUCCUUGACUAAAUAUUUACAAUAAUUCUAUUCUAGUCAAUAAUUUGUGAUAGUGAUUGUGUGAUAUCGUAUUAGUAUGUCCAAAACUGUAAUUGAAGAAGACUAAGACUAAUAUACACUCGCCUUUA